AGUGCAACUAGUACUACUCAUAUUGCAACACGUCUGACACACUUAUGACAAUUUUUACUAAGCGUAUCGGCCAUUAAUCAGUUUCAGCGUCAUACACCUUAAAAUAGAUUCAUAUUUUAGAAAUCUAUUAAACGGAUUUACGUAGCAUUCCUAUAUAUAUCGAUUAGAUAAAAAAAAAAUUGUGUAAAAUAAAGUAUAAAUGCAUCUGACAUCGGGUAGAACACGAGCCGUGCUGCGGGUAAUACUUGCUUGCGGUUACUUCUUGUAUUAUUUGCCGCUCUCUGAAAGUGUCCGUGACAUCGACGCUGAGAAUCGUCUUGCCUUCGAGAGCAACAAAAUAACUGGGGAGACUUUAUACCAAGGCGCUAAGAGAAACCCUGGCCAGAUUUAUACGACGGCGAUAUUUCCACUGUUGGCGACAACGGCCCAGCUAGCUCUCUUCUCUGAAGGGAAGACUUAUGAGAACCUGCUUAGCUUUCUUAAUCUGAAAGAUAAAAAUGAGAUUCGGAUUAUUUUUCCUACGUUUAUUGAGAUUUUAUUUAACAAAGAUCGUAUCGGUUCGCCGACUUUAAAUCUAAAUAUGUACAGUGAUACGAGCAACAGGUUAAGUCCAACUUUCAUAGAUACCUACAACAAAACCUUUGGUGGUAAGGCUAGGACUGUGGACUACAGUGACACCGUUAAAGCUGCCAAUGAGAUCAAUGAUGAGGUUGAAAAUGAAGGCGACUUCAAUAAUAUAAUCUCCAGUAAAGUGAUAAAGAAAGGAGCCGGUCUUAGUUUUAUAAGCAGCUACGCGUUGACUAUCAUGUACAGCGACAAAUUCAAAUUCAUAAACGAGAAAACAAUAAACUUCAAAUCUGGUAACAAGGUGAUAAAUAUUCCAGGAAUUACCGGGGAAGGUGUAGUGAAAUAUGCCGACAUAAAGUCUAUUGAUGCCAAGACCAUAGAAUUGGAAAGUAAAAGUGGACUAUACUCGUAUAUAAUGGUCCUUCCAAACAAACACGAUGGACUUCUGGAAGUACUAGAUAAGCUCUGUGAUUCUACAGCUUUUCAAGAAAUUCUUGAUCGCGGCCAGGAAGUAUGCGCAAAAUUAUCCAUCCCAGCCGGAGACUUGAUUGCUAAAUGUGACUUGGGAAAUAUAGCUAAAGAAUCAAAUUUAUUAAGAGAUAUAUUCGAAGAGGGGAAACUGGAACUCCAAGGUGUGAGUCAUAAAUACAAUAAAACAUACGUUACGUCAAUCCUACAUGAAGUCCAUUUGAAGCCAGGUCCGAUCAUUUACGAUGAGCCCAGAGAAUUAUGUUCAAUGCCUCAAAUAGAACUGGAGAUUAACCGUCCUCAUUUGUUCUACGUGACUUUCACACAGAAGGUUGGCCCGAUCCGUACCCCAAUAGUCGGUGUAGUGUUUGACAUCACGGGUACAACAAGCAACUAGCUUGACCACUUCUCGCAUCGCAUCUUCGGUUUCCACAUAAUAUUAAUUCUUUCAAUAAAAUUUUCAGUCUUUUCUUUCUCAUUAAUAACCAAUUUCAUUAUUUCGAUAAUAAUUUCAUACUCACUCUAAAACAGGCAGUACAAGGUAUCAACUUCUCCCUCGUGAAGUUGAGUGACCUGAAGGGGUCGAGGAGGCAAUGGUGUAUAUGAGACGGCAUGAUACUGGACGAAUAACCAUGCACUAUGUAUAUAAACUACUUACUAGAAAUCUCAUUAUGCUUGAGUCGAGCCAAAGUAAUUUUAUUUUGCUUAGAUGUAUGGGGACAGGCUCAACAACGGCGGCAUGAAAUAGAAAUGCAUUACUGCUUCACGACAGAAAUAGGCCAGGUGAUUUUACCUCCUUACCUAGUGGACUCACAAGACACCCUACCACCAGUAAUUCCAGCCAUGGAAGUCAUUCCAUAAUUACGUAUUUCAUUAGAAAAAAUUGUACCUGCCUACGGGAUUUGAGCACCCACAGUCGAAUCGCUCGAUAUGAAAUCACCAGGCUUUGUUUUAGUCUAUUAAUUCACUAACGUUACAUUAUUCUUUUGAAUCUUCUAUUAACGUUACAUUAUUCGAAAUUGUCGUGACUUAACUGGUUAAGCACCCAGUUCUCUGAAAUGUCCUUACAAUACCUAUCUAUAAUACACAGAGGUAUCAAAUUUUAUUUAUUAACAAUAUUGUUAAUGUGCCUAAUGGUUUUUUACUAAAUUAAUAUGUAUUCAACCCUUGAUCACGAACGACUCGGAUAGGGAAUCUGGUACUAUUGCAGAUACCAUCAUCCUGCCUAAUUUUACCGCCACAUUUGCAAAGGCACGCAAUAUACCACUGACCACUGGGUUACUCGCCGCUUUUUCAGUGGGUCGCGAUUCCGAUCCGGUGGUAGAUUCUGCGAAGCACUGCUCUUGCUAGGGCUAGUGUUAGCAAAUUUUCUCAGGUUGAGCUCGUGAACUCAUCUACUCGCUCAGAGAACCUAAUAUAACCUCUCGAGGUUACUAGAAUAGAUAGGAAAAAAAAUACAAUCUCUAAAACACUCAGACCAUCACUCUACCGAGCAAUGACAGCCGGUGGAAUCCUUAUUCCCCGAUCGCAGCCAGCGAUAACAUAAAUGAUAGACAGGUAAUGAAGUGUUUGUAUCAUUACAAGAACAAUUACAAAAGUGCGUUAUUGUUCAUUUAUUGCCUUACUUGGCAUACAAAACUCGUUGGGACUGUAAUAAAAUUAAAAAAGAAAACCUUUCUCACCAAGCUUGGAAUCGUAUAUGAUCACAGAAAAUUUAUACCUACUAAUAGUCUGGUAUCCGAUAGGAUAUCAAAAAAUCAAAUAAUGUUAGUCUUAAAACUUAAAAAUAAAGUUAUUUAUUGUUAUUAAUAUUAUUUGUAUGCGCGAAAUGAAACGGCAUCAAAGGCUGUAAUGUCGCUAACGGUCAAUUUUACUUCAGACCCAGUUCACAUGCAGCCGGUAAGGCAUUGUGGACUCAUUGUAUUGUAUUCCGGGACACCAGCGGCACCGCCUGUGGGGGCCUGAUGGGUUGCCGUACCGAGACGGCCAACGAAGAAUCGGCGACUAUCGCCUCGUGUCCCGUCUACCCUCCUUCUCUGCUUGGGUUCAGACCCCGGGAGGAGAACGGACGUCGGGUGAGAGACGUUCUUACUGGUGGUAGGACCUCUUAUGAGUACGCGCGGGUAGGUACCACCAC